GAAAAAAAUUGACCCGAGGCCCGGCCCGGCCCGGACCCGGUGGCUACCCGGGCCCACCUUUUCAGAACCGCCGGCCCGAGUCCACCACUGGGCUUGACAAGAUUCCAGUAAAGAGCACAACAAUUGAUUCUUAGAUACCGAAUUACGGAUUGUGAUUUUUCUUUGUAAAAUUGUGUUGUGAGUUUAUACUUAAAGUUAUGGUGGUUUAGUGGUUAUAGUUAUUUUAAAAUUUGCUCUUUAUAAGUUAUAUUUACUAAUGUAUAAAUAUGAUAUAAAUAAUUAGUGCUACAUUACUAUUAUGAUUUGACGGGAAAAGGAAGCAAGAAUUCUGGGCUUUUACGAGAAAACAUAAUAAAGAGGAUAAGAUUGUAUAAUCUUUUGCCAGAUUCUAUGAAUAGGUAUGUAAUAAAACAUUCUCCUUCGGUAUCAAAUAAAAAGUUAGAGACUAAUGAUAUAGAUGAGCAUAAAGCAUUGAUAUCGAAAAUGAAAAUAAAAAUCACGGUUAAAACGUCAUUAAUAAAGAUUCAAGUGUUAGAUGAUGAGAAUGUCAGUGGUGAGAAAGACACUUGUACAAUUAUAGUUUUAUCUAUUACAUAUGAGAAUAUACAUUUUGGAGUACUUAUAUCAUAUGUAAGUUAAUUAUUACCCUUUACAAUCUGUUAUGAGUACAUUCAGUAGUAAUUACUUUAAUUCAUAUUUUAUUUUAUUAUCGAUUUCAAGUAUUAUCUAAAUUCAUUCUUUGUUUGGGGCACCAAAAUUCUCAUAGACGGCCCUCUAAGAUACUAUGGUUCAUGGAGUAUGCGCAUAGCCGAAUCCAUGAUUUGGAAGACGUUAGAAGUCAUCAUCAUUUCAAAUGAUCCUAUAGUAAUUCCACGGCAUAAGCUACAUCUUUGAGCUAUAGUGAAUACAAAAUGGUCUUAAUACUUCUCUUUCUGGGCCUUUUAACACACAAUUAUGGUCUAAAGUGAAAAAAUGUUCAUUUGUUUUCUUCUUUGAAUAAGAUUUAGAAAGAAUUUAAUGGCAUAAGGCAGACAGAAAUUACAAUUGGUUCCUAUUUCUUUGUUCUCCUUUGGCUAUAAUAUUUAAAAAAGAAUAAACUUUGAUGAGUUCAUUUGUUUUCUUCUUUGACUAGGACUUUGGUAAGAAAAUAAUAAUAAAUGAAUUUCUUUUCUUAUUGUGCUAUGUUGUUGAACAACAAUCAUGGCCAAAGAGAAUUUUUCUCUCUACUCUUUUUUCUCUUCAUAGGCUAAAACUUUUUUAGCCUAUGACAACAAGAAGAGAAAAACUGCAUUUAUUGUUCAUUUAUUUUCAACUCCUACUAAGAUUGGCUUUGAACCUAAAAAUGGUAAGAAAAAUUGAUAACACUUGCUUUUCUUCUCUUCUUGGCCUACAACCUAUAUAUAAACAUUGUGAUGGUUGAGAAAAAAUCAACUUAUUUUGAACACCGUAAGAGUAAGUAAAUUAGGUGGCAUCUUUUUCUUUGCAGUAAUUUUUUUUUUUGUUCUAUUGGUCUAAAAUUUCAAAAUGCGAUUAUAGUUCUUCCCAAUUAAGAGGUUUGAAUAACAUGGACUUAUUGGGAACUUGAGAAUAUGGUUCGAUGAAGAUUUGUCUUUUGAUUUUUCUCAUCUUAAAAGUUCUUUACUAAAACCUUACCUGGGACGUUAAAUACUGCCUUAAAAUGGGGGUUCCCACAGUGUGAGUGCUAUGUAACAUGCUCAACAAAACACACUAAUUAAUUAUUAUUGUGUUUUGUAAGCAUACAUUAAUUAUUCUUAGAAAAGUGAACCACAAACACCAGAAUAACAAUGACAAUAAACGUCACUUUUCUUCUUUUCUCAUUAGUUCUUUUGUUGUCUUAAUGGGAAUAUGUGAAAAAAUGCAGAUAAUUUGAAAAUUUAAUUCUGACGCUCAUGAGUUUAGACAAAGCCAAAUACUGAUCUCAAAUUCUUGAGUAAUAUACAAGUGUAAUUGGAAUUUAGGUAUUUUGAAAAUUUAAUCUAGAUGCUCAUGAGUGUAGACUUCAAAUUGAAGAUGUAAAAGAUAGCAUCUUACAAAUGAAGUUUUCAUGAAAUAGCUUUGAUGUUGGUUCUCAAUUAAAAUCUUGGAUUCCAAUAAAGCGGCUGAAAAGUGUUUUUUCAGGGAGAUUGUUUUCCCAAUAAGUAAACAUCCAAUUGUAAGUUAUGUGCCAUGUAUCAUUAAAUACAGCAAAGGAAUGGAAUAAUGCAUUAAAUUAUCAGUAAUAAAUUUGUACAUCAAUAGUUUUGAAUAAAGUAUGUUUAUCAGAUUUGAUGUAUGCUUGGAUGUAUGUAAUAGAAUAAUUUGUAUAUGAAAAAUACUAUUCCUUCACACAAUUACAUACACACAUGGUAUACAUUUAGAAAGAAACCCAAUUAUCUUGUGUUAGUAAAUGGAUUAUUUAUUUGGUUUUUUCUAAACAGUGCAUAAUAUCCUCAAAGUUGUGGCAUGUUUGAUUUUGCAAUGAUUAACACAUGCGCGUUCUAUAAAAUGUGCUAUUUUUCUGCUAUUAGAUUUAUAUUACUUGAUUUCUUUGGAACAAUUUCCAAUCAUGGAAGGUCGAUUGUAAUUUAUGUGGAGUUCGCCAGAAUCCCUACUCUUUAAGAGUUUUACGACAUUCACAUGCUCUACUUUCACUACAUUUUACGAUAUUAUUUUAUGAAAUUAUUUAAAAAAAAAUAUUAUUCAAUUCAUCUUAUUACAAAUUUUCAAAAUUUGAUUUUUAAUUUUUUACUAAUAGAGAUUAAGAUAUAAUUACGAUCAAAGACGUGUGUUGACAAAUGUGAAAUGUUGACCAUUGGAACUAAAAAAGAACAAAGGAAGUAUAAUUGUAUACUAUUAUAAGUUCUUUUUUACCAAACGUAUGUAUAUGAGUUAAAUAUACAUAUGGUUACAUAUAAGGGCCGAUAUAGCUCUAGGCCAGGUAGGGCCAGGCGCAACCUAAAAAAAAUUACUAGCAUAUACAAGUAUAUGUAUUAUACUAUAUGUAGUGUUGUUAAAUAAUGGUAUAAUUACAAAUGAAGUCAAUUUGGGUAUAAAUUCCGUGUUAGCAAGAUGGAAGUGUUAUUGGAAAUACUGCAUGCAAAGGAAUAAUAAAUAAAUAAUUAAGGGAAAACGUAAGAUUACUUGUAACCGAGCCCAAUGUAAACGUUGUUUCCUUAAGACGUUUUUGCCCGACACACGUAGCAAGCUUCUCCUAGGAUAGAACGGUUCUUCGCUCCCAAAGGGAUUCUGGCGAACUCAAAGAUACAUGGAAGAUGAGAGAAUAUGGAGGAUUGAGUGUUGAUUUUCGGAUAUCCCAAAAUUGAAGACAAGGCGGGUAUUUAUAGAACUCUGGCCAGGAGUCUCUAACCCAAAAGACACCUAUUAAAAGAAAGUUCAUGACCUUUCUUUUAAAACGAAUAGUUGUGUCUUCUAUUUGGUUUUAUUCGAAAAGGAAUAAAAACGUAGCAAAAUAAUCUCCAGUCUUUAGCCAUACGAAGAUGUCCGGUGAGACUCGAACCCGACCCGAGCCAGCCGACUUACGGCGCCGGUGUGAGCGGGUUAAAUAUAAUUCCACGCUUAUCUUUCGGGGAACAAUUUCUCAUUCAUUUCAGAAUGGUUUUUCCAAAUAAUAUUAAUGACCAUAAUAUUAAUUUGUAAAACCAUUUUUCCAACAACCCCCCCACAUGAAUGGGAAAUUGGCUUAAAGACAGGAAACAGAUUGGAAUUUGACAUGGGAAGAUGGGAACUCUGCAUAGGGUUAGGUAGUCGUGAAACUUUGAACCUACCUUAGUGUAUAUCCAUCGGAUUUACAGGCCAAUCAGUGACCAUUUCUGCCUUGAACUGUCUGCCUUAGCGUAAACCUAUACAAUGAAUAACACACAGAGCCCCGAGUGCAUCUUUGGUUCUCACGUUUGUGUUCGUUUCGGCCUUGAACACCUCCUGGUUCAGCUAGUGUUUUCAAGAGUAUAUCGUGCACCGGAGAAUUUAUCUCGUGCCAUAGACUCUCAUAGAAGCGGCUUUCUUCCACCAGCAUAGGUGAUCUCUAUGGAAGGUAUCAUGUCAUACACUCAUACCUUACUUGAACUUAUCAAGAUAUAGAGAUCAUUAAAAGCGUAACUUACCCUAAGUGCUCAUGACAUGAGUGUACUAUAUCUUGGCUAGUACCGCCCGAGCCAGUCCACGGUUGUGUUUUCCCUUUGAACCUAAUUAUGAGGCACUCUCAAUAAUAGGUAGGGUUUCCCCAUGGACUUUUUAUUGGAUCAUUGGCCGUAGGCCCAUUGCUCCUUGACGUUUCGACCAACUCUCUCGGUAGAGGUUUGGUUAGCGGAUCCGCAAUAUUUUCUUUCGACUUAACAUAGUCAAGAGAGAUUAUCCCAUUUUAAUUAGUUUUCUAAUGGUAUUAUGUCUACGACGGAUGUGUCUAGAGUUACCAUUAUAAACUGCAUUCCUUGCCCUUCCAAUUGCAGCUUGACUAUCACAAUGAAUGGAUAUUGGAUGGACAGGCUUUUCCCAACAAGGAAGAUCUUCCAAAAACUCUCUCAACCAUUCAGCUUCUUCUCCAGCCUUAUCUAAGGCAAUGAAUUCAGCUUCCAUGGUAGAUCUGGCAAUACAUGUUUGUUUGGAAGAUUUCCAUGACACGGCACCACGACACAUAUCCACUUGUUGAUUAUGUAUCCUUGGAAUCGGAUAUUCAAUUUGCAUCAGUAUAUCCCUCUAGCACGACUGGAUAUUUUUGAAAAUGUAAACCAUAGUCUUUGGUGUACAUCAAAUACCCAAGCAGCCUUAUAAGCACUUUCCAGUGUUCUUGAGCUAUAUCGGGUCGUGUUCCAUUCAUGACAUAUGUCAAACAUCCUAUGACCCGAGGAUAGUCAUCUUGUGAUACACUUUCUCCUCUAUUUUUACUGAGGUGAACACUGGAAUCAAAAGGAGUUCUCAUGGGUUUGAUAUCAUACUUCUUGAAUCUCUCAAGCAUUUUCUCAAUGUAGUGUGAUUGAGAUAAUAUCAACCCUUCAGGUGUUCUGAUGAUUUUAAUUCCUAGAAUGACAUCAGCAACACCGAGAUCCUUCAUUUCAAAUUUCCUGGCCAACAUACUUUUGGUAGCCUUUAUCAAAUUACUAUUACUACAAAAAAUGAGCAUAUCAUCUACGUAUAGACAGACUAUGACGUAGUCAAUUUGAUUGCCUUUCACGUACACGCACUUGUCAGCCUCAUUGAUCUUAAAUCCAUUUGACAGCAUUACACUGUCAAAUUUAUCAUGCCAUUGUUUGGGGGCUUGCUUUAACCCAUAAAGAGAUUUUACUAAGCGACAAACCUUUCUUUCUUUUCCGGGGACAAUAAAACCUUCAGGUUGUUGCAUGUAAAUCUCUUCUUCUAAGUCACCGUUCAAGAAUGCAGUUUUUACAUCCAUUUGAUGGAUUUCCAAACCCUUCAAUGCAGCUAUUGCCAAUAACAUUCUAAUUGAAGUUAUUCUUGUAACUGGUGAAUAAACAUCAAAGUAAUCAAACUCCCCUUUUUGGUUGUAUCCUUUGACAACCAAUCGAGCUUUGUAUUUCUCAAUUGUUCCAUCAGUUCUUCUUUUCUUUUUGAAGAUCCAUUUACAUCCUAGAGGUUUAGAUCCAGGAGGCAAAUCUACCACUUUCCAAACGUGGUUAGACAUGAUGGAAUCAAUUUCACUUUUGAUAGUCUCUUGCCAUUGUGCAGCGUCUGGUGAAGACAUGGCUUCCUUAUAAGUUUGAGGCUCAUUAUCUAAUAGGUACACAACAAAAUCGGGUCCAAAAUUCUUAGAUUUUCUAGCCCUUUUGCUGCGUCCCAUUUCACAUUCUUCCGCCACUUCAUUAUUAUCAUUUAUAGAAUAAAAAAAUCUCUUAUGUGAAUUGGUUUCUUCAACAUGGGUUGGAAUGAAAACAUCCAUGUCGGAGGAGACAACUUCACAAUCUCAUUAUAUGAUUUGUGGACAAGGAAACGAUAUGCACUACUAUUUUGUGCAUAUCCAACAAAGACACAAUCAAUGGUCUUUGGUCCAAGUUUAGUUCUUUUAGGUUUAGGAAUAGCUACUUUCGCUAGACAUCCCACCACCCUCAAGUAAUUGAAACUUGUUUUUUCCCCUUUCCAUAACUCAUAUGGAAUCUUGUGUGUUUUCUUGUGGGACAUUCUAUUUAGAAUGUAGUUGGCGGCUAAGACAGCAUCCCCCCACAAGUUGUUUGGAGCACGAGAGCUAACUAACAUGGCAUUAACCAUGCCCUUUAACGUUCUAUUUUUCCUCUCGGCGAUUCCAUUAGAUUGAGGUGUAUAAGGAGUAGUAGUUUGAUGAAUUAUUCCAUUAUAAUUCAACCGAUGUAUUGUCAACCAUUUUAAAGUCUAAGAAAUGCCUGACAAUAAACUUCUUUUUGCCGGCAUCCUCAGUCUUGUAUUUUUUCUCAAGUGAUUCCCACAAUUCUUUUGCCGUUUUUAUAUCGGCAUACACAGAGUAUAAAGAGUCAUCAAGUCCGUUUAGGAUAUAAUUUCUACACAAGAAAUCCGAAUAUUUCCACGCAUCCACCGCGGCUACUUUUUCCUUAUCAGUCUCGCCUUCCUCUAAAAUAGGUUGGCUUUCGGAGAGACACUUUGCCAAAUUCAACGUUGUUAAAUAAAAUAGCAUUUUCUAAUGCUUCAGUACAUGUACAUGAGGUUUAGUGCACAGAAGCAGGGGUAUUUUGCAGGUCUUAGACCCUUAAUUGGGUUAGAUGGCUGCCAUUUGAAAACACCUAUGGGAGGGCAACUACUAUGUGCUGUAGCUAGGGAUGGAAAUGAAAACAUGUUUCCUCUUGCUAUAGCAUAUGUGGAUAGUGAAGAUAAAGCUUCAUGGACUUGGUUCUUGCAAGUAUUGUUUCAAGACUUUGGCAGGCCAGAGGAAACUAACUGGGUUUUCAUGUCUGACAAACAAAAGGGUUUAGUUGAGGCAUUUAAGGCUGUGUCACUUGCUAAUGAACACAGAUACUGUGUGAAGCACAUGUAUGAGAACUACAAGAAAAUCUUUAGAGGGGCUGAGUACAAAAAGAAGCUCUGGUUUGCAGCUAGCACUGGAAGUCUGAGGUCAUGGGAGAGGCAAAUGGAAGGAAUAAAGAAGUUUGAUGAGGCUGCUUACAACUGGAUUAUGCAGUAUGACCCAAGUACUUGGAGCAGAUCUCAUUUUUCAAUUCAAGCACAGUCUGAUGCUUUGCAGAAUAACAUAUGUGAGUCAUUCAAUGCAUACAUACUUAGAGCUAGAGAUAUGCCUAUUUUGAGCAUGUUUGAGUGGAUUAGAAGAAGGUUGAUGGCUAGGUUUCAUGUUAAGUACACUGCCAUGAGUAAGUAUAAGGGUAAUAUAUGUCCUAAUAAGCAGGAUCUACUAGAAAAAUUCAAAUUUGAAAGUAGGAAUUGCUUUUCUACUCCUGUUGGGGAUAACUUGUUUGAGGUUGAUUUCUAUGACACUAGCCAUGUGGUUAAUCUUAGAGACAAGACUUGUACAUGUCGAAGGUGGGAUUUGAAUGGGAUCCCUUGUAAGCAUGGAGUGUCUGCGAUAUAUGCCAAUAGAGAGAAACUUGAAGACUAUGUGAGUGUUUUUAUGCUAAAUCCACCUAUUUGGCAGUGUAUAAACACAUAAUCCAUCCUCUACCAAGUAAAGAUGAGUGGGAGAGAACAGAUACUCCAGAUAUUGAGCCCCCAAUUCCUAAAAAACCUGCAGGAAGACCCAAGAAAAAAAGGAUUAAACAACCUGAUGAAACAAGGAAUCCCUAUAAGGUGUCUAGGGCAGGUAAGCAGGUCAUAUGUGGCAAUUGCAAGCAAGUGGGUCACAAUGUUAGAGGGUGUAAGACUUUCAUAACUGGGGAAACACCAUGGCAAAGGAGAAAGAGGUUAGGAAAACAAAAAUCUGCCAAAACAACCCUAGGUGGUGAUGAUGACACAGCUGACCCAACCUCUCAUGACCUAGAGCAGACUGAGAAUAAUGAAACUUUUUAUAUGUCAACUCCCAUUGCCCAUGAUCCAGUUUCCCAAAGGGAUGAAGGAAGAACAAAGAAGAAAAGAAGAAUAAGCAGUUCACAACCACCUCAACCAUCAGCCAGAAGAAUGACUAGGUCCUCAAGUUCACAACCCUCAAUGGAUCCAGAGCACUAAGGAUGGAGUGAGGGGAAAGAAGUAAUCAUGCAGUUGUAGUGUAGGGAGAUGAAGAUUGGUACUUUAGAAGAUGUGUUAUGUUUACAGUUCACUUUUAUGUACUCGUCAAUCAUGCUUUUUAUGAGCAUGUGUUUUGUAAUGAAACUUAUGUAACAAACAUCUUUGGCAUGUGUUUUGUUAUGAAGUUGUUGUAUGACAUUGGCAGCUAAGUUCUUUUGGGUCCAAUGUUACUUGUUAUGAAGUUCUUAAACCACUGGC